GCAGUUCUGUGACACGCAUUUUGUGACAGUCCUGGACUCGCACUCCUCCGACAUUUUAUGUCACUUCCCAAAGAACAAAACCAAAAAGUUCCUCUGAACUCGCCUUCCAACUCAGGCUAAGAAAACCUUUAUUUCCGGGGCUCAGCGGAGCAAUACCUUCCAGCUUAAAAUAAAGGUUUACGGCGAUUCCUCCCAUCCCUCCACAGCAGCUUCGCCUAGCUUAGACAAAACUUUCUGUGCUGUCCCUCCACAGCAGGCCCCAAGGUCGAAGGCAUCAUACUGAGAGAGCAGGUUCAGGGCCGGGAGCUAGGUGAAUGGGUUUUCGGGACACCAGGUUCAGGUCGAGGCGACAGAAAUAAAAACAGCGUCAGCCUAUGCGAGGCGAAGAAUGGGGCGAGAAGGAGAAACUCUGAGGCAGGCGGCGUCUCCGCAGCCCAGGACGACGCCCUGCCUCGCGUGCGGUUGACCUGAGUGGGUUUUGGUGAAAUGCUUCACGAUUACUGUUAUUAGCUGUUUCAAUGAGAUGCCCAGAUUAUGAAGUAAUUUGUGUCAAGUCUUUGGAUUCAUAGUUUCAGUGCUUUUUCCAGUGCAUCAUCCAACUCAUAGGACAAAUAGCAGAAUCUCAUCCAUCAAAUGAGUGAUAACAGUGCCAUUGCACAAGAUGGAAAGGUGGAUAAUGCCUCUCUUCUAGAAGGAAAGUUCCAUGAAGGCAGGGACUUCGAUUGACAUUACUGGAUAUUCAACAACCAGAAUAGUGCCUAGCACAUGCUCUGGUAGCCACCAUAGGACUAUGUGUGGAAGAUGGCAGAGCUAAAGAAGUUAGUCUCCUGUGAUCCCCACUUGGAGGGGAAUCAUCAAGUCAUAUCCACAUUAGACUCCAAUAAUUCUCAAAAGCUUCAUGAAGAUGCUGCUUUGGGCAUUUUGGUGUAUAGUUUUACACUUUUUUGGCAUUUACACUGUGAACUCAAUGGAAGAUGAACUUCAGAGCAAGAUUCUACAGGAUCUCAUAUGAUUUCAGUGCAAAAGAGUGAGAAAAGAGAAAGAGGGUUUGGAACAAGUGUCAGCUACCUAGGCUCCCCUUUAAGAGAUACAUAUCUCCUUCCAUUAAUUACAGCCAUUGCUGAGUGACUUCAUCAUUUGGAAAGUUCAACCCACAGAAAGAAUCAAGGGUGGAAGCAAGAAGCCCAGCUAAGAAGCAGUGGCAGCAACCCAGCUGAAUUACUUGGAGGAGGAAGCCGGAGGAAUAGAGGAGACAGAGCAAAGCCAGCUGGAACACAGAAACCCUCGGAUAUUUUGCCUGUUUAUCUAGACCAAACAGUCCUAGAAUAUGCACAUAAAAAGUGAAGGACUCUUUUGAUCAGUAGGCUCUCAGCGUGGAGCCCAGUGCAGGGUUUGAACUCAUGACCCUGAGAUCAAGACCUGAGCUGAGAUCAAGAUUCAGACACCUAACCAACCGAGCCAUCAUGGAGAGAAAACUUAUGUCCUUGCCUCCAUCCACCUCCAUACCAGAAAUGGAACCCAAUGGCACCUUCAGCAAUAACAACAGCAAUGGGAACUGUACAAUUGAAAACUUCAAAAAGGACUUUUACCCCACUGUGUACCUGAUAAUAUUUGUCUGGGGAACCUUGGGAAAUGGCUUUUCCAUAUAUGUUUUCCUGCAGUCUUAUAAGAAGUCCACAUCUGUGAAUGUUUUCAUGCUAAACCUGGCCAUUUCAGAUUUCUUAUUCACAAGUACACUACCCUUCAGAGCUGACUAUUACCUCAGAGGCUCCAAUUGGAUAUUUGGGGACCUGACCUGCAGGAUUAUGUCUUAUUCUCUGUAUGUCAACAUGUACAGCAGCAUUUAUUUCCUGACUGUGCUGAGCAUUGUGCGUUUCCUGGCAACUGUUCACCCCUUCCGGCUCCUCCACAUUGCCAGCAUCCGGAGUGCCUGGACUCUGUGUGGGAUCAUAUGGAUCCUUAUCAUGGCUGCCGCAGUAGUGCUUCUGAACAAUGGCUCUGAGCGGAAGGGCAGUGCCGUAUUGUGCUUAGAGCUGAAUAUCAACAAAAUUGUUAAACUGCAGACCAUGAACUACAUCGCCUUGGUGAUGGGCUUCCUGCUGCCGUUCUGCAUGCUCAGCAUUUGUUACCUGCUGAUCAUUCGAGCUCUGUUAAAGGUGGAGGUCCCAGAAUCGGGUCUGCGGGUUUCUCACAAGAAGGCACUUAUCACCAUCAUCAUUGCCUUGAUCAUCUUCCUCCUGUGUUUCCUGCCCUAUCACAUACUGAGAACCCUCCACCUGCUUGUGUGGGAAGUGGAUAUAUGCGAAGAGAAGCUGCAUAAAGCUGUGGUCAUCACACUGGCCCUGGCAGGAGCCAAUAGCUGCCUCAAUCCUUUGCUCUACUACUUCGCUGGGGAAAAUUUUAAGGAAAAACUAAGGUCUACGCUCAAAAAAGAUCACCUACAGAAGACAAAGUACAGCAAUCUUGUCUGCAUGUGUUUGAAAAAGGAAACACAAGUUUAAGGGGUCAGUAGGUGAGGCCUGUUCUUGUAUGGUUGUGCUGACCUUCAUUCACACAUAGUCUCAGAUGACCAUGUAUUUACACCAUUUCCAUCAAAGGUCGAUCACGUUCUACUUCAAACAUUUUAUUAGGUGUGUUUGCAGUGGUUGAGUCUAGAUGAGAAAUGUAGCAGGCCAAAUCUCUACUAGUCUUGCAACCUAAAAUGUCAGCAUGGGAAGAAAUGCUUAGCACAUUGUGUGCUUCUUUUCAUCAGACUCUGCAACAGAUCUUGGUCCCACCAGACAUUCUAAAUCAACUUUAAAAUAACCUCAAGCUCCCCAGCUUCUCCAGCUCCUCUUCCAUCUUCAAUCCCCUAAGAUAUAGCCAGUUAACAAAGCUAAAGGAGGUUCCAAAGCAGAUAAGAAAAGCAUCCUAAGAAUUCACUGAAAAGACUGUUGAAGAAGGCUGCCCUUAAAUGAAGCAGAGUCAAGGUCCCAAACAGGAGCAGUGAGAGAGAAAGGGAGAGAAGGACUAGGGCAAGAAAGAGUUGGUGAAAAGUAGGGAAAAGGAGAAAUUUCAUUUUGCAUGGGGAGAGAGGCUCUAGCACACUGAAGGCAAGAAGGUUCUCUUUGUCUCUCUCUUGCCAGGGGGCCAGAAAGGAUAGGAAGAGGAAGAGGAGGAACUGGGCCAUUUCCUAGGGGUGGAGGGAUUAUGUGUGGAAUAGCUGAGAAGAGGAGGUCAAUUUUACUCUUGGAAUUUGGAUUUGGACUGACUUCACUGCAGUCCUCAGUCUUGCACAUUAAUCCAUCAAGAUGGAAGCCAGAAGAGAGGCAGUUGCUGUAAGUGUUUGGUUGGGCACCGAGAGAGAGGGUGGGGUAGAGGAUAAGUUGCAAAGGUUGUUGUACCCCUGAAAUUCUAUUAGUAUUUUGGCAAAACAUGAAUAAGGUCGCUUUCCUUUUGAGGGAGUAUAGAAAACUGGAUAGUGGAAAGGGGUUCUUUCUGCCACUGAAACAAAGCUAGGGAGACUACCAGCUGCUACCUCACAGACCACUGUACCAUCAACAACGGAAUGCCCUCUCUGUGCGGGGCAGACUGUGCCAGACACUUCACAUUCAGUAACCCCAUUUAACUCUCUCACCAAAGCCUGUGUUUCUACUUUACAAAUGAAGAAACUGAAGCUCAGAGAAAUUAAGAAGCUUGUUCAAGUUCACAAAGCUUGUCAGAGUUUAAAAAAUAACUGUGGAGUAGGGUAGCCACCACUCUCCCUACAAACCUCUGGGAAGGUUGGUUGAAAGUCUGAAUAAAAUUUCCCUUUCCCCACCAGGCACCUACUCCCCCUCAUUCUCACCAGAUUUUCUCUUUGGAGUUACUGACCUCAGGCAGAGUGGGGUGUGGGAGGGAGGUGGUGAUCUCAAGCUAGGGAGAAAGGGAAUGUCUUCAUCGAAAACAAGAACCAUAGGGCUCUUCCCUUACUCACUGCCAGAAAGCUGACAGACUCAUAUCCUGUCAAAACAGGAACCUGCAGGAUCCCCCUGUGGGGAAACCGUCCAACCCAAGAAAAAGACUAAUAGAUACAGACUGUUGAGGAUUUCCCAACACAGAAGCCAGCACCUGCCCUAUUACCUACCUGACAGGGAAGCCCACACUGCAACUAAUCCCUUCCAUUCAGAGAGCAUCUAUUCAACCUGUUAGAUCCUCACUCUCAAUUAUGAACAGUCAAUGACCACUACACAUUGGGGGUGGGGAGGGGUGGCAUGGGGCAUGAAGGCCCAAACAUGACAAACACCUACAAAUAAAUGAGAGGAUAGAUAGAGAUAUUUUUGGUAUGAAAGGUCUCAACACUUUUAUCAUUCUUGCACUUUUUAUCAGAAACCCACUGAGGAUGUGCUCUUCUAAAAUACAUGAUUAAGCUAAGAUAGAGGAAAACAUGGCAUCUAGGAAACAAGGAAUCCAACACAGGAGAAAGGUGAACAACUUGAGAUGUUGGUGGUAGCAGAAAAACAAGAAACUAAUUGAUUUGCACACAUUGGAGGGAUUUAUAUUUUUCUUGAAGAACUUGGGAUGAACCAGAGAAAAUACAUAGCAAAAUAAGCAAGGGAAAAGACACUGUGAUCAUUGAAUGCUAGCAGAAAGAAACAGUUGUUUAAGAACAGAAAUAUAAUCUCAGUACACUACAUGGCUUAUCUGUGAAUAAUGUUUACACAGAGAAUAAUGUAAAUAACAAAAUACUGUGAUAGAACUUUUUUAAGAAAUGAGAGGAAAUGUAUGUGGGGGAGGGGUGUAAGAAGUUCAGGUCUCCAUCUUCCAUCACAGAAAAUGCAUAACAACUAAAGCUGGAGAAUGAUCAAAGCUGUAGAAAAAUGUUAUUUAGCAAUAGGAACUACAGUCCGGAAGAAAGAGUGGGAAGGAUGGACAGGGAUGGCCUCGGGAGAGUUUGGGGUGGGACAAUAGGGUGGAGAUUUCUCUUUUCUUUUAAGAACUUUUUAGCCAUCUAACUUGUAAAUAUGUAUUGUGGAAAUAAAAAUUAAGUUGAAAUUAAACUUUAAAAGUCAAAUUAA